UUAUCUUUAACUUAACCCCUUCCUCGAUUUUAAAGCAGUGUUGUCAAUGUUAUUACCGUUGCCGGUACUUCGGCGCGUAACGUUCGGAUUAUACAUUAACGCGCGAUGUAUCGCGAUAAAUAUAUUUUUCAUUGUAAAAAGGAUAGAUGAGUUGUCGUGUUGAUAAAUAACAAUAAAUCUUCAACGACGUGCCAUCAGUAAAGUAGAAAUUAUACGAUAUGAGUGAGGGCUGUUCGAAAUGAUGAGACGAAAUGUUAUAAGUCUCCUCAAGUUCUUCACAUUGGCGGCAUUUACCGUGUUUCUCACUGUUAUUAUUUUUCGUUAUAUAAGACGAUCGCAUAAUCGAGAAUUAACGACAGAACAACUUCCAUCGUUCCUAUUGAUUGAAAAUGGUGGAAAAUUUCCGAGAGAUUUGGCACGACGUUUUAACGAACAGAAUGAGGAUGAGAAAAUCGAUUGGCACGAUUACAAACAGAUAGAAGAAGAUGGUAAAAGAAGUGGAACAGGAGAACAGGGAAAACCAGCAUUUUUAUCUCCUUCUCUCGACAAGCUGAAAGAAAAAUUGUAUAAAACCAACGGUUUCAAUGCAGCUUUGAGCGAUGAAAUUUCUUUGAAUCGUUCAGUUCCUGAUAUUAGGCAUCACGAGUGUAAGAAAAAGAAAUAUUUGAAGACAUUAGAUCCAGUCUCUGUCGUAAUAUCUUUUCAUAAUGAACACUUUAGUACUUUAAUGCGCACAUGUUGGAGUGUUAUCAAUCGUUCUCCACCUUCGCUUCUCAAUGAGAUUAUACUAGUCGACGAUGCCAGCACAAAAGUAGAAUUAAAAAGCAAGUUGAACGAUUAUAUAAAUAAACGUAUGCCAAAGGUAAAGAUAAUAAGAUUACCAAAACGAUCAGGAUUAAUAAGAGGCCGGUUGGCUGGUGCUAAAAUAGCAUUAUCCAAAAUUCUUGUCUUCCUAGAUUCACACAGCGAAACGAAUGUUAAUUGGCUACCACCGCUUUUAGAACCGAUAGUUCAAGAUUAUAAGACUUGUGUUUGUCCCUUUAUCGAUGUAAUAGCGUAUGAGACAUUUGAGUAUAGAGCUCAAGAUGAGGGUGCCAGAGGUGCUUUCGAUUGGGAAUUGUAUUACAAACGUCUACCACUUCUUUCGGAGGAUUUAAAACAUCCCGCAGAACCAUUUAAGAGUCCUGUCAUGGCUGGCGGUCUGUUUGCUAUAAGUACUAAAUUUUUUUGGGAACUAGGCGGUUACGAUUCUGGAUUAGAUAUAUGGGGAGGAGAACAAUACGAAUUGUCAUUUAAGAUAUGGCAGUGUGGUGGCCAAAUGUAUGAUGCACCUUGUUCGAGAGUAGGUCAUAUUUACAGGAAGUUUCCACCAUUUCCUAAUCCCGGCCGUGGUGACUUUUUAGGAAAAAAUUAUAAGAGAGUAGCGGAAGUGUGGAUGGAUGAAUAUGCAGAAUAUAUUUAUCGUAGACGGCCUCAUUUACGUUCAUUGGAUCCAGGCAAUUUAACGGAACAAAGAAAUCUUCGAAAGAAAUUACAUUGUAAACCAUUCAAGUGGUUUAUGGAUAAAGUAGCAUUCGAUCUUGUCGAAGUAUAUCCACCGAUAGAACCAGAUGACUUUGCUUCAGGAGAAAUUAGAAAUAUAGGAGCACCAGAGUUAUGUCUUGAUGCUAAAAAGAUGAAGAAAGACGAAGUUAUAACAGUAGAUAUUUGUAUAAAAGAUAAUCCUAAAUUAUCUGGUGAACAAGAAUUUAAAUUGACGUGGCAUAAAGACAUUAGACCAAAAGAUCGCACAGAUUGUUUAGACGUAUCUAGAUCGGAUAUAAAAGCUCCCGUAAGCUUAUAUCCUUGUCAUGGAAAACAGGGUAAUCAAUUAUGGCGAUAUGAUGUAGAAAAACAAUGGUUGAUGCACGGUUAUAUACCAAGAUGUUUAGACACAGAUCCAGGUAGUAAAAAGGUUUACGUAACUGCAUGCGAUCAGUCAUCUCCUACUCAAAAAUGGAGAAUAGAAAAUGUCAAUAUGAAAGCUAUUAAUAAUUGGGAAAACGUGGGACCAAAGCUCUGAUAAAUUUUUUCCUUCGUAUUGCCAUAAAAUGCCAUUAUUUUAUAUCACAUUGAGUUUAACUUUUAAGUGGUGCAAUUUUCGAUUUAAUGUAAAUAUUGGCAGAUACUGCUGUUUCCAACUAGUCAUUCUACGUUGAGAUUUGAUUAUCGUUAAUACUUUAAUCAAUUGACACAAAUUGUAGAUAUUAAAAAUGAAAAUUUGCUUUCGACGUGAAAAAUACGAUCUUAUAUGUAAUAUAAUUAAGAUAAAAAGAAAACUUCUUUAUAGAUUUUUUCUUUUUUUCUCGUUCUACGUAUACACGUUCAAUCAAUAUUAUCAAUAGGAACAUACUAUUUGCCGUGUGCCUUAAUUCUAACGGCUGCAUUUAAUAUUAAUAUGUAAUAAAAUAUUAGAAACGUCAUACAGUUAGAAUGGAUUUUCUAUUCGACUGAACAGUAUAAUGUUAAGUGAGUAGAUUGUACAAUAUGGUUGCCAUAGGAAGAGAUUUUGCGCUUUCUAUAAUUGUUAGAAGAAAAGACGAGGUGCUAACAAUAAUAUCAUAUUCUAUAUAUAUUUCUAAGAGGCAUUCUACAAUAUUAGAAAUAUAGAGGUGCUAUAAUAAAAAAUAACAAAUUUCUAUCACAUUUGUGCCGUAAAAAAUGAUGUGAACAACUUAUUUGUAAAAAAAAAAAGAAAAGAAAAUCCACGAAAUAUUUUAACAUAUGUAAGAUAUUAAUAUCAUAGAUAAGAUUUAUUAGAACAGAACAAACUACAGUUUAUUUUGCAUUGAUAUUUUCAGCGAGAUACUUAUCGAUAACGUUCAAAAUCAAUAGAUAACGAAAUAUUGUUUUAAAACACAUUUCAA